GGAGGGAGAAGGAGGGGGGAGCCGCUCGGCCCUGGUUCUCUGCAACUUGUUGCACUUCGCUUGAGUUUAGUCGCUGCCCACUCUCGAGCCGCCGGCGCUGAUGAGACUGCGGGCGGGCAGUGCCUGUCGAGGGAGCUCCGGCAUUUAUUCUGCCUGUGUGAACUACCCACCAAAUUUCUAAUCGGUUCCAUGGAGUCUUAUGUUGGUGCUAUUCCGGAUAAACAAAUGCAGCGAGAUUAUGGAAUCCAAAUCAGGUUUAUUCAAGACUCGCAAGAAGAAGCAACAAAGGCACAAAAAUAUCACACUGGUCCAAACAAAGCGGGGUCUUACGGAGUCAGCAUUAGAGUGCAGGGAAUCGAUGGGCAGCCAUAUGUUGUGCUGAACAGCAACCAGGAAGGACAUGUGCAAAUGUAUGAGCCUCCCCCUGAGAACGGUGGCUUUGACCAAACUGCAUCUCAAGACGGUUUUAAAGCAUAUUCCGGGCCUUGUGCAAGAGAGCAGAGAAACACAUUCUCCACUAAUGGCCACUUCACCUUUCCAGAAAGUCAACAUAUCACUUCACCAAAGCCAUCUUCUUAUCCACAGUUGCCAGGAGCAGAGACCUCCAAGGCCAGGGAAGACAGUAGCCACGUGAAAGCAAGUAAUUUGCUGAAUUUCCAAAAGCAUCCUGAAAUUCUCAAACCCUAUGACCCUGAAAAGACCGCCCUGAAACAGCCUGGUUGGCAAAGCCUGACCAGUAGCAAGCCUCCCGAGAACAACACAGUCAGCUCUUUGCACCUUUUGCCCAAGUCGGAAUUUCCGAGGAAGAUAGAUGCCAGACCGUCGAGCUCAAUUAAACCCAGUGAUGAGAAAAUUAGUAUCCGUAAGGUCCCGAUGUUGGGCGAUGCAAGCAAGAAGAUUGCAGGGCCUGUGAGUAGAAGCGUGGAUUCAGUGAACAGCAAAAUCAAUUUUCAGAACGCCAUCAACACUGAUUUGGACGAUUCCCGGACUUCACGGCCAGAUUUGCUCCCUCUGCGCCGGCCAGACACCAGUGGGAGAACGGUCGAGGUUUCAGCAUUACGUCGCUCAUCAUCUUCAACCCCCACCUCCGCAAGUCCCGACAAGUUGGCUCCUCCCAACAAACUGGGGGCGGAAGAUCCGGAUGAAGAACUCUCUGCUGAAAAUAUAAAUCGGCACGAAAAUAGGAGGUACAUUCCCUUCUUCCCAGGCACCGGCCGUGAUAUUGACUCUGAGCACAUUUCCGGCGUGGAUGAGCUGAUUCAUAAAUUUGACGGUAAAGAGGGUCACUAUCGACGAGGCAGGUCGGCAAGGAGAAACCGAAUUGAUCCGGAAGAUCGUAAACGAUCUCGGAGUGUCGAUAGUGUUUUCCCACUUAAAUCUCCAAGUACCUUUGCUAACCCCGACAAAAAGUUUGGAACAUCAAAUGAGCACUUGCUCAGACCAUCUCAGUUGUGCCGCCAGAACGCCGUAUCUCAAAGCUUCAAAACCCCAGCCUCACGUGAGAGUCCACCCGCCAAUAAUGUUGCUUCCACCGGGAGUCUUGGUCGUCUUCCAACGCGGCCUUCAGCCAGUCAGGGGAACCCGAAGCACGGUUUCGCCAACGGCCCAAGUCAGACCGAAGUAGACGGAGGAGCAACUGCUGAGCUCAAUGGAAGACCUGCCAUUAAAUCAUCUUCACACACUGUAGGGACAAUCAACAAGCCUGAAGUCACAAAGGAAGAAGCAGUGCCUGUCACACAAGCAAAGAUGAGUAAAAUCACUCCCUCCUUCCUUGGGAUCCGUAAGAAGAGUUUAGAUCUUCACACAAGCCAACACGCCUGUGAUCGUGAGGGGCCGGUGAGUAGCAGAGCUGUAAAUGUAAAUGCCACGCUUUAUCUCCAGAUGCUGGGUUCUUCCAAACAAAUCAAAGACUCCAAAGAUGUACAGGUGACUCCUGACCUUUUGAAGGAUCAACAAACGAAUGAGGAGACGGCAAAACAAAUCUUGUACAACUAUCUAAAAGUGGGGAGUCAGGAUGACGAUGCCACUAAAAAGAAAGUCAAUUUGGUAUUUGAGAAAAUCCAGACCUUAAAAUCAAAGAGUGCAGUCAGUUUGGAAAGACAAAAGGACAAAAAGGAUGACACCUCCUCUGAAUACCAAGCACUAUUGGAGCAGAAAAAUUCGCUUGAAAAGAAAGCGCUGGCAGCGGAGAAGAAAGCAGAAGAACUGCAAAGAAAACUGGAUGAAUUGACCUUGAGACAACAGAAUGAGAGAGAGCAAAAAGAUAGGACCAGAGGCAAUCUCAAAAGCCUACAGUAUGAAAUGGAAGAAAAUAUAGAAGAAAAUAAUCGUUUACGGGAGCAGCUAGCAAAAAGUGACAAAGAGCUACGAAAUCAACUGGAAGAAUUGGUGCAGGUGAAGAUGGAGAGGGAGCAGUACCAGAGUGAAAUUCGGGACUUGCAAGAUCAGCUCUCGGAAAUGCACGAUGAGCUGGAUCGUGCAAAGUUCACUGCCGACAAUGAGGAGAAAGAGACGCUGAUAAUGGAAAUAAUUGAAGCAAAACAGCAGUUGGAAGAGGUGCUGAUAGCUAAAGAAGAUCAGCAGGAGAUGCUGAGGCGACGAGAACGAGAACUGACAGCACUUCGGGGGGUUCUGAAGGAGGAGGUAUCUAACCGUGACCAGGAGACUGAAGAGCUCAAAGAACAGCAUGAAAAGGAGAAGCAGAAACUGAAGAAAAAUAUUGAAGAUCUUUUGCAGACCCAAAGAAAACUGGAGCAGGAAAACAUUGAAGCUAAGCAAGCAAAGACCGCAGCAGAGGAUCGUGUGAGGCAGCUUGAGGAUGAAAGAGGGACCUUGAAAAAUAAAAUCGACAGACUACAAGCUGAGAGUGGUGAACUCGAACAAGUAAUUUACAACGUGAAGGAAGAGGAGAGAAGGCAGAAGGAUAAAUGUGUGCGUCUGGAGCAAGAGAAGAAGCAACUGGAAGCUGCCUUGAGAAAUGUCGGAGAUCAGGAACAGGAUGUUUCAUUCGCAAAGAGGUCUUUGGAGAGUCGGUUGGAUGAUGUCCAGAGAAGCCUCAGCAAGAGAUCGCAGGAGUAUCAGGAAAUAAAUGAAAGGCUUCAGGCGGAGACAGCUCAGAAAGACCUUCUAAAGAAAACAAAGAGUGAAAUGGAGGAUGAAAGAAGGCAUUUGGAGAAGAUGGUUGAAAAGCUUCAGAAGGAGAUGGCUGAGAUGAUUAAGGAUUCUCAGAGGUCGAGCCUUGAUCUGCGGAAGGAACUUGAUGAGUGCAAGGAAAAGAGCCGGAGUCAGCUGACUGCCUUGCAGCAACAGCUGAAAACCAAAGGCCUGGAGGUGGAGAAAUCUUUGCUAAUGACCAAGAAACUGCAGGAUGAGAUACGGCAUAUGCGGGAGGAGUUGGAGGAGCAUCACCAUCAACAAGAUGAAGCACUUGUGAAGAACCAGCAGCUGAAGCAGAGCAUCAAUGAGCUGGAGCACGACCUUGAAAGCAAAAAGCAUUGUGUGGAUGAUCGAGUGAGGCAGGUCAAGCAGAUGGAGGAUAAACUGACAGAUUUGGAGAUGGAGUUGGAUGAGGAGAGAAAUAAUUCAGACCUUCUGACAGAGCGCAUGAAUAGAGACCGAGAGCAGAUCGAGCAGAUGCGAAAUGAGCUGUUCCAGGAGAGAGCUGCAAGGCAAGAUCUGGAGUGUGACAAGAUUUCACUUGAGAGACAGCACAAAGAUCUAAGGAGCAGAAUUGCACAUCUGGAAGGUUCUCAGAAACAGACUAAGGAAGGGAUUGUUACUCAGCUCGAAGCACGGAUUCAGGAGCUGGGGGAACGUCUGGAAGAUGAGGAAAGAGAGAGAUCUAGUCUGCAACUGAACAAUCGCAAACUUGAAAGAAAGGCCAAGGAGUUAAUGCUGCAAAUAGAUGAUGAACGCCUCCAUCUGACGGACCAAAAGGAUCAGUUGAAUCUACGAUUAAAAGCAUUGAAAAGACAAGUGGAUGAAGCAGAGGAAGAAAUAGACCGCCUGGAAAAUGGGAAAAGAAAGAUACAGAGAGAGUUGGAAGAACAAGUAGAAGCCAAUGAAGAAAUCCAAGGACAAAUGAAUUCAUUAAAGAAAGAUCUCAGACGAAAAAAUUCAUCAAAAGUUUCAUCCUCACGUCUAAAUGAUUAUGAAAAUGAUUACAGUACAGAUGAAGACAGUAUCUAUGACACAGAUUUUAAACCAUCGAGGGAAGGUGAUUUGUAGGAUCUCAUCUAACCUGAAGCUAAACAAAGUGACAAAGGGAAGAGGGGAAUUUAAUAGGUUAAUUAAUAUAUCUUGCAAGAAAUGACAAUUAACUGUACCAGAUGCUACAUGUUCCUAAUUUUUAGUAACGAGUCUCUCAAUGAUACUAUUUGUCUUGUGAAAGUAUCGUUCAAUACCUUUUCUGUUGCCUCACUUGUAACGUACUGGGUUUGUGUAUUUGGAGCCAUUUGAAGAAAUAACAGAAGGACAUGUUUUCCUGCUCAUUCAUUUUGAAGAGAAUUUAAAAUCUAUUUUUUAAAUAAAUUAGCAAUUAGAUUUUAAUGUGUGUGCAGGUUGUAAAUACAUUUAAACUACAAAUAUUUCUUUCCUUUAAGUUAAACUGUUACAGUGCCAACAAUACCUACGGUUUCUUGGCCAAAUUUUGUGUCAUUUGGAGAAAACAAUCAUCUUUAAUGUGCCUUUGAUCAUUUUCAUCUCUGCUUUUGUACACCCAUCUAACACCCCCCCCCCCCCCCCCCCCCCCCCCCCCCACCCCACCAUCUCCACCUAUCACUCACCAGGCUUUGUGCUGCCCUAUUCCUCAGCUUUCUCCCCCCCACUACAAUCAGUCCGAAGAUAGUCCCAACCCAAGGCGUUGCCUAUCCAUGUCCUCCAGAGAUGCUGCCUGACUUGCGGAGUUAUUCCAGCACUUUGUGUUCAUCAUUUUUGGUCACUUGCACAACAAAAAUAAGUGUAUUGGUCGCUGGUUGCACACACACCUGCACACUGUAUCACUGGGUACCAUCGAUUUCUACACUUCACGUUGUGUGCAGAGUCACAUCUUGGAGUGUUUGUGUGAACGUGCCUGUGUGUGUGUGAUCCUGCUGUGUGUUUCACCACCUACCACUGACAACUUGGGUUAGAAUUUGGCCCCAAGUUUAAACACUGUACACACGGCAGCACGGAACCAUGUUGGGGGUUGUGGUGCCUGACUUGCUCAUCGACCAGGGCUGAUAUUUUGACAAGGGGCACACCUCAAAUUCUGUUGGUCAAUUUAAACAACACCCCCCCCCCACCCCCCAUAAAAAAACAUCUGAAUGGAAGGAGGAAAUGCUCGUAAUCAGAGACAUGCCCAAAGAUCUUAUAGCAAAGCUUUGCUAUAGGAUCUUUGGACAUGCCCCCAUCCCAUAUAUAAGGAGGCAGGGUGAAGGGUGGCCAAACAGUCCCGUUUCAGGAGGUGAGCCGGUCGAUGAAACUUCUGGUGGACGUUCCGUGCUUCUGCUUUGACUGUUUUUUUUGUGUUAACUUGGCGUUUCCUGAAGUCUGGGAAACCCAGCAGCGGUAUGGCUGGCCUGAUAAGUGCCUUUGCAACCAGGUUUGUGACCCAGGGCUGGCCCAGUAAACUGACCUACAAAAACUAGGCCCCAUUCUCUCCACCUCCACCUUCCCUUGUCCACAGCUCAUAAUAUAGCCGUGCCACCAUCCCGAUACCCCUGCACCCCAUGAACUUCAGUCCCUUCUCCACAGCCUCAGGUUACUGCCACUUGUUCUAUAACCCCAGCAUCAACAGACCCUCCACCCCAGUCCUCUGUGGAUUAUUAUACUGUUCACCAAGUAGCCAGCCCUGUCAAAUGAAGCUGGCUUCUAUGAAUGUGCCUGUCACGAGUCACAAUUGGGUAGCAACAAACUAUCUGUUGGAGGAACUCAGUGGAUUCGAGCAGCAGCUAUGGGUGGAAAGGAAUGGUCGAUAUGUCGGGUUGAGACCUUGCAUUAGGACUCGCAUGUCACAGGGUUUCGACCCGAAGCGUUGACCACUCCUUCCUUCCCCACAGAUGCUGCCCGACCCACUGAGAUCCUCCAGCAGAUUACUUGUUGCUCCAGAUUCCCGCAGUCUCUUGUCUUUAAAGUGUUGUGGCAUCGGUAGAAACCUAUCUGUCUGAGUGAGCUGGCAACAACACCAUCAACUCUCUGCCCUCUGUACCUCGCACAUCCCAUCAACUCCAACAAGCUGGUGCUUUUGCUUCUGAUCCAGAUUUAAUACUUGUGGGGGUUCUUUUGGUUUGUUACACUGGAGAGGAAAGAAUGGACAUGUGUAGUAUGUAAACUCCUUUCUAACACUUCUUAUACUGCUAGCAAUGUUUAGCACCCUUCCUUGUAGGAUUCCCUUCCCCAGUCUUCCCUUCCUGUCGCAGCUCCCUAUUUCCUAGUGUGUUGGACUAUUGGACAAUCUUCAUGUUGAAUAUCCGAGCCAGCUGUGCCUGGAAUAGCUGGCCACUCUUCUCAGGGCCCCAUCACUCUGCUUGGGAAAUUGGUCUGUUGUUGUAUCCAUGUGAGUUGGAGGGAGUGUAAACCACUGGCUUCCAGCCUGUCCACUGCUUGCUCUCUAUCUCCUUCAUUAUCAGGGUCAUACUAUCAUGGGUCGACAUUUGAGGGAUAAGGAUGCGACCCCUUUAGUGUUAAACCAUGCUUCAGAAUGUCAUGUGGAGGGGAAAAUAAUUCAGACAAAAUGUAACCGGAGGUCCAAGUGGUAAAGAAUUUGAUGGCGUCUUCAUUUCCUUCCAUGUGUAAUUAAAAUUAAUCUCAAUCAAAAGUUAGAAGAAAUUUGCAUUUAUUUUCAACAAAUAUUUUACUUGCGAGGAACACUUAAAUUCUGCCUCUACCAUUGAAUGUUUCUUUAUAUUGCUAUUACAUAGAUAAUAUGGCAAUAUCAAAAAUACCACUGUUUGAAUAUAAAGCUUGACUAGAGGCGACAUUAUUUGUGCUUUUAAUGAUAAACCAGUUAUUCAAAAUAGUUUGGACUUUCAACAUUUUAUUCAAUAAGAAGGUUACACGAUAUUAUUUUAAUACUUGCCAUUUUGGUUUGGAUAACAAUGACAUUUUAUAAAUAUUGUAUAAAAAUGUUGCUAAGCUGAUUUGUAUUACUUAUGUAAUGUAUAAUUGAUGCUAGAUUAAAUGCACAUUGAGUGACAAUCAAUAAAGUGCAAUAUAUCUGCCAGCAUUUAACAUGAUUUAUUGUAACAGGACUCUGGACAUUUGUAUUUGGAUGUCUUAAAUUCCACUACUGCUGAAUGUCUUACAUCACUACAUUUACUAGUUUGCCUUUUGGGCAUUAGAAUUGUCCACUGUUUUUAAACUCUGAAGCUACCUCCAUGCAGAAAAAGCUGUAAGACACCACUUACAAUAAAUAAAGUUUUAAAAUCAUUCUUAA